UAAAACGCAGCACAGUCUCUUCAGACUCACCAAUUUUUUCGGAUUUAUCCUCCGACUACACUACCUCUCACUUACGAAGUUCCUUUUGAAAUAUUCUGCAUCAUCAUGACUCUUGAGGAAGUUCUGAUCCAGAAGUUCGCUGAGCGUGCCCAGUGCACCGGCAAUGCACUAGAGGAAGUUUUGCUCUCUGCUAAAGAAAAUGACUGCCUGACGGUUGGUGUCUACGAGUCUGCUAAAGUUAUGAAUGUUGACCCAGACAGCGUGUCUUUUUGCGUUCUGGCCACCGAUGAGGAGUGGGAGUGUGACAUUGCUCUCCAGAUCCACUUCACCCUCAUCCAGUCUUUCUGUUUUGACAACGACAUCAGCAUCGUCAGAGUGAACGACAUGCAGCGCCUGGCCGAGAUUGUUGGGGACAAGACUGGCCAGCUUGAAGAUGCCCACUGCUGUCUUAUCACGAACCCAGCUGAUGGUUCUUGGGAGGACGCUGCUCUGGGGAAGCUGCACCUGUUCUGUGAGGAGAGCCACAGUCUGAACGACUGGGUUCCAGAGAUCACCCUUCUUGAGCGCUGAUCUGGGACUUGACUCUUCUCUCUUGAGAUGCUGUAAACCUUCAACCUAUAAGGAAAUACUCAUCCGUUUACAGGAUGACACUGUUUCUCAUCCCUGGAUACUCCUGAGGAGGAUUCCGAUCCAGGCAGCGCGAGGCCGGCCCGAGUGCCCCCGCGAUUCGUUGUCUCUUGUCCGGUCCAUACCAAGAUGACUUCCAUUCUUUAUGUGAAUGAGGUCAGGUAUGCUACGAGAGCGACAAAGAUGGCCCUCAUUCAUUGUGCGGAUGAGGUUUGGAGAGAAAGGAGAAGCGAGUACUGCAUUUUGUGGUCCAAAGAGCAAACGUCUCACGUUGAAGCACGCGCAGUAGGAGAAGAAGCGGUGCCAAGAAGAAGCGUUCUUAAAAAGGGACUUUUUAAAAUGUCUUCUUGCUGAGCAGCAAUAACAACCGUUGCAUUCAGCGAAAUGUUUCCCACUUUCCGGAAUUGUCUUAAUUCUCUAAAGGUUUCACUUUAGAAAUGUAAUCAUGGCAAAAAAAGAAUAGCCCUUUAAAAAUAUAAGAAAAUGUAUUAACUCCUAGGCCUAAUGCUCUGACGUUUUGACUUUAGAACGUUUAACGCUGUCAAAACCAAUAGACAUUUAAUAAAUUGGGCAACUUAUAAUGCUCUAAGAGUUUCACUUUAGAAUGUGUUUAUUAACUUUGUAAAAAAAUUUUUUUUUUUAAAGAUAUUAACUUAUAAUGUUCUCACUGUUUAUAC